AUGAGUGAGGCUCCGGACCAACAAGUGAGGAAAAUCUUGGUUCUUCCCACGGAUUCCACUCCUCGACUACACGAAACCGUUAAUGAUCAGAUCAAAGGCUUUCUUGGGUUUUUAGAAAUUAGAAUCAAAGAUUAUCAAGACGCAAUCCUACAAAACUCUGCUGCUGUUUUUGCCGUGAACUAUGUUCAGAAUUAUUUUAUUUGCUCACAAUUUUCCGUGGAAAUCGCCCGCUUAUGGGAAAUGAUGAAUGUCAAAACUCAAGCUGAAUUCGACAAAGCGAUCGAAGCUAUGAAAACAGAAAGUGAAGAAAAUGGUGCCCUCAUCAAGCAAUUGGAAGAAACUUUAGCUGUGUAUGAUGACCUUAUGUAUAGUGUGGACAAGGAACUAGAUGAAAAACUGGGUCCUUGUCCAGUAACAGAUGAUGACGUAUCCGAUCGAGGAGUUCCUAAUCAAACUAUCGGCCAUUAUUGCAAAGGAAGUGCUUUUGAGCUAGUCCUCAUAGUCAUAGUUAGAUCUUUUUCAACGCCUGAGAUUAAUCAGCACAUUUUGGCUUUGUAUAACAAGAUGUCAGAGUUGAGGAAAAUGGGUUGUGAUGUUUCUCUAUUAACGAAAGGCCCUCCUAUAGGAGGUUCCUAUAUAAAGUUGAUUGGAGUUCCUUUUCGAAGGUUAUACGAUGAUAACGAUGCUUUGAAUGAAAUUCGGGCUCACAGGAAAUCUGCUGUUAGGGUGGCAGGCUGGAAGGGAUUAGCUAAGAUGAUGGAGGUUUCUUUGAAUGAGGCAGGUAGGCCGAGAACAGCAGAAAACAAGGAUAACAAUGAAGAUGAAACGUCUUAUGUAAUUCAAAUGGGCGGAACCAUUCUUGCCAAUCGCGAAGGAGAGGUGUUGUAUAAAUAUGUAGAAGAUGAGAAAAGCACCUGGCCUACAGUCGAAACUUUAAUUUCAGAAGUUAAAAAGCAUAGCACAAAUGGCAGUAAAUCUAAGUCAGUAGCCCCUUCUAACAAAGUCGAGUCUGAGAUUUCGGCUUCAGUAGAAAAAACUCCAGAAAAGGAAGACAAGAAAUGUUGCACAAUACUAUGA